AUGGUGGUGGACGCGGAUGACACCGAUGCGAAGCCGGCUGAUAUCCUCAAUGAGGACGUCGCAAUGCCUGCGGGUCGGGCAGAGGCCUUGUUGGAUCCAGAGUCCGACGAAGACGUUCCCGUUGAGGCCGAGGAGCUGAAGGAGGCUCUGGGACGUCCCCCGCCAGUGAAUAGCAGCUACCUCCCUCUCCCCUGGAAAGGACGCCUUGGCUAUGCGUGUCUAAACACAUACUUGCGCUACUCGACUCCUCCCGUUUUCUGUUCCCGUACAUGUCGCAUUGCCUCUAUCCUGGAGAACCGACACCCUCUACAGGACCCAGAUCAGCCUGCACAUCCGAUCAAGAACCGUCCCGACCGAAAUCAACCAGCAGAUGUGGCGCGUGGACAAGCAUUCGUUGAAGCGCUAGGGUUGGCGAAUGCGCGGGAUCUUGUCAAAUUGAUCCGCUGGAAUGACAAGUACGGCAUCAAGUUUAUGCGUCUCAGCAGCGAGAUGUUUCCGUUUGCCAGUCACAAAGAAUACGGCUACAAGUUGGCGCCGUUUGCUUCCGAGGUAUUAGCCGACGCUGGACGAGUAGUCGCGGAGCUCGGCCACCGUGUAUCGGUUCACCCCGGCCAAUUCACCCAGCUUGGUUCUCCAAGAAGAGAGGUGGUAGAGAGCUCCUACCGCGACCUUGAAUUUCAUUCGGAGAUGCUACAGUUGCUCAAAUUGCCUCCUCAGCAAGAUCGCGAUGCUGUUAUGAUUCUGCAUAUGGGCGGAGUCUUCGGCGACAAAGCAGCCACCUUGGACAGGUUCCGAGAGAACUACGCCAUAUUGUCGCAGGAUAUCAAGAACCGGCUAGUUCUUGAGAAUGACGAUGUUAGUUGGACCGUUCACGAUUUACUGCCCAUCUGCGAAGAAUUGAAUAUUCCUUUGGUCCUUGACUAUCACCACCACAACAUCAUGUUCGAUGCGAACGAGGUGCGCGAGGGUACGCAGGAUAUCAUGGCGCUCUAUGACCGGAUUUCAGCCACCUGGUCACGCAAGAACAUCACGCAGAAAAUGCAUUAUUCGGAACCCACUGCCCCAGCCAUCACACCCCGCCAGCGGCGCAAACACAGCGAUCGAGUGGCCACUCUGCCACCUUGCGUCCCUACGAUGGACCUCAUGAUCGAGGCGAAAGAUAAGGAGCAAGCAGUAUUUGAACUGAUGAGAACAUUCAAGCUGCCGGGGCAUGACCUUUUCAACGAUCUCAUUCCGUACACACGAACGGAUGAAAACAAACCGUUUAAGCCUCCACGCAAAACAAAGAAAAACGGUAGCUUUGUUGACCUCGAGGGCGCUGUCCCUCCGCCUCGCACCAUCGCCGACGAGGAGGUCGGUAUGGGUGGACCCGAUAGACGAGUAUAUUGGCCUCGAGGCAUGGAAGAAUGGCUCCGCCCGGCCAAGAAGAUCGUGAAACCCAAGGCUAGUCCGAAGAAGAUCAAAAAGGAACCUGAUACCAAUGGUAUCUUGGAGACACCAGUGAAGAAAACCGCCCGGGCUCCUCGACGCACCUCAUCCUCGAUCAAGUCUCGCACGAAGCGGAAGGCUGAAGAGAUCGACUCUGCUCCGGAGUUAGACGAGUUGAGUGGUCUGUCCGCAGAGCUGGAAGACGCUCCUGCGAAGGCACCCAGCUCGCGGAGAAGUAGCCGUGCAAAAAAGGUGAAUUACACUGAGGAUAGCACAUAG